AUGUCAGAAAAGGGCAGCAUGAAGUCCGUGGAAGCGGCAGCUGAAGCGACUCCUGAAGACGGACGUCGGCGCAGUAAAGAUGUGGUCGAUCAGGACAGCAGUGAAGUAAUCAGCGCUGAGAGCGACGAGAAGGCCAUGGCGACCAUCGACGACGAGACACCCACCGACGACCCGGAAAAGAUGUCCGGACUACCUCUCUACGCCACAAUCACCGUCGUUAUAUUCAUGAUGUUCUGUCUUGCCAUAGAGAUGACAAUCAUAUCGACCGCUAUUCCGCGUAUCACAGACGAGUUCCAAUCACUUUCGGACAUCGGCUGGUACGGAUCAUCCUACUUCAUGUGCAUCGCAGCAUUCCAGCCUGCCUGGGGAAAGCUACUGAAGUACUUUCCAAUCAAAUUCGUCUUCCCUGCCGCAGCUGUCGGGUUCUGCAUUGGCUGCAUCAUAUGCGCUGUUGCUCAGAACUCAGAGACCCUCAUUGCUGGUCGCGCCGUCAUGGGAGCUCUAGGUGCAGGUCUAGCCCCGGGCGUGUAUACAGUGGUUGCCCAUAUCGCACCGCCGAAGCAAAAACCAAUGUACAUGGGAGCUCUGGGAGCUGUCUUCGGCAUUGCAAGCGUGGUCGGGCCUCCUCUGGGCGGCGUUUUCACAGAUCAUGCGACUUGGCGCUGGGUUUUCUGGAUCAAUCUGCCGAUCAUCGCUCCAGCGAUUAUCCUAUUCCUGAUAUUCUUCCGUCAGCCCAAGUCGACGUACGAGCCACACAGCACACCACUCAAGGAGAAGUUCCUGCAGCUCGAUCUUCCUGGCAGCUUCAUAAUCCUCGGAUCCGUCAUCUGCUAUCUUCUCGCCAUGCAGGAGGGCGGGACUGAGUACGCCUGGAACUCGGCCCGCAUCAUCGGCCUACUUGUCGGCUUCGGCCUGUUGCUUAUCCUGUUCUGCGUGGAGCAGUACUUCGCAGGCGAGCGUGCGGUGUUUCAGGGCAACCUAGUCAAGAAUCGCACGCUUGUUGUCAUGUGGUGGAUUGCCUUCUUCAUCACUGGCGCCUUUCAGCUUGUGCUCUAUUACGUGCCAGUCUACUUCCAGUCAACAAGAGACGUCAGCGCCGCAAGCUCCGGCGUCAAUAUACUUGCUCUCGUCCUCAGCUGUUCAUUCUUUGUCAUCCUCUCUGGUGGCAUCAUGGCAUUCUGGGGGCGAUAUGUGGAGCUGCUGCUGAUCGGAUCAGUGCCUCUGUGCGUUGGUGCUGGACUCUUGGUCACCCUUGGUCGACACACUAGUACAGGUAAGUAUGUCGGAUACGAGCUUCUGCUCGGGACUGGCAUCGGCCUCAACCUUCAGAUUCCCAUCAUGGUUGCGCAAAGCAUUGUGCCACAGAACGACGUCUCGACGGUCUCGUCUAUCGUGCUCUGGGGCCAGACCAUGGGUAGCGCUAUUCUGGUCUCUGCCGGUCAGGCCGGGUUCGCAAACAAGCUCCUUGAUGCUCUGCCCUCGGACGCUCCAAAUGUGAACCCAUACCAGGUCCUCACGAUCGGUGCAUCGGAGCUGGCAGACUUCUUCGAGGGCGACGAGCUGAACGGCGUCCUAGACGCAUACAUGGAAGGUCUGAAGGUGCCAUUCAUCAUGACCGUGGUUGUGAUGUGCGUGGCAAGCGUGAUUGUGCCAAUAGCCAAACGAGGAAGCAUCAAGGGCAAGAUACCGAUGUAG